GCCGCCGGGCGGCGGAUAUGACUAUAUAUAUACGUAUGUAACCUAUCGCCGCCGCAGGCAGGGUAAUGUAGUUGUCCCUAGCACCGCCGAGCUGAUCCAUCGGAAGGAACUAGUCUUGCAACUUGCAAGCAGACAAGUCAGGUGGUCCUAGACUCCUAGUACUAGGAUGGCAACGGCACGAGCACUCCGCCUGGUACUCACGAGUUCGUCGGUCCCAGCCGCCAAAGACGGCUUCCUGGUUGCCGCGCGCCGCCGCCUGCUGUCCGCCUCGACGGAAGCCGGCGGCGCGGGCGACGCGGCAGUGCAGUCCGGAGACGCGCCGAGUGACGACUACACGGACCGGCCGCCGCGGUUCUCCGGCGCCGAGGAGGCCACCAGCGCGGGGGGUCGCGUUGGCAAGCACCCGGGGGGAAAAGCGGCGGAGCGCGUCCCGCCGUUCGCGCCCUCGGGGAAGAAGCCGCCACUGGCCGGGUCCGAACACGAGCUCGCGGACCCGGCGGGAGCCGCGUCGUUCACGCAGAAACGGCGGUUGUCUUGCUCCUCCUCCUCCUCCUCGCGGGAGCGGGAGCCGCGCGAGGCGGCGACGCCCGGCGGGCCCGAGUCCGCGGCGCGCAAGGUGAGGGAGGAGGACAGGGAGUACUACCGGACGCACAAGCCGUCGCCGCUGGCGGAGGUGGAGUUCGCGGACACGAGGAAGCCCAUCACGCGCGCCACCGACGGCAGCGCCGCGGACCGGUACGCGGACGCGCAGGGGCGGACGGUGGAGGACACGGUGGACGACUCGCUCGCGCGCGCCGAGGCCAUGUUCAGGGAGGCCGCGGCGCGCGGAAAUCCCGAGUGGCCGCACUCCCGCGCGCUCGCCGAGAUGCUGGCGCGACGCGAGCUGGGGAAGGACGCUGCUGCCACUGCCAGCGGCCACCCCUGCUGGGGCAGCUGAAUGGACACGGCCCACGCAGAAGCAGUGUUGACGGUUGACGCGCACGUACGUGGUACAUGCACAGUUUGUUUUUGUGAUAUCUCUAUACUUUUUUUAUCCGUUCGUAAUGUACACAUAAUAUAUUUUGUGUACUACUUCAUAAAAGUUUAAAUCUUCAUAAUGUACUUAAGAAUUAGAC